AUGGCAUGCAACUCUAGGAUAGUCAUGAGAGUGGUUCUUAAGUAUUACAAAGGCGAGUUCAAUAAUAUCGAAACAAUCGUUGAUGUCGGAGGAGGAUGGGGAGCUGUCGUGGUGGAGAUCGUCGAGGCACAUCUUCAUAUUAAGGGUUUUAACUUUGAUCUUCCAAACAUUAUGGCUGGUGCACCCGAGUACCCUGAUGUCACACAUGUUGGAGGUGACAUAUUUGACACUAUUCCCAUGAACCCUGAUGCAAUAUUUCUCAAGGAGAUCCUGAAGAAUUGCAGGAAAGCUUCAGAGGAGAGAAAUGGACAAUUGAUAAUAGUGGACGUAGUUCUUCGUCCAGAAAGUGAAAACCUUUUCGAUGUUGAAGCACAAAGGUACGACUUGAAGAUGAUGGUUUUUUUCCGAGUGGGAAGGAAAGAAGUGAAGACGAAUGAGAGAAGCUAUUAA